UAUUUAACACAAAUGAAAAACACAUUUCAAGAGAUGCAGCAGAGAUAUGAAGAAUCUCUCAAAACGAAUCAGUUAGACAGAUUCAAGAGUCAUUGAAAAUUAAUGAGAGAUCUAGCAGGGUCAGGCAAGUCUGGAGUAGAGUCUCAUUACAAAGAGUUCUCAUGGCGUAUGCUACAUCAUAAAUCAAUGGAGAAUUGGAAACAAAGCAAUUAUUGUUUUAACAUGAAAGAGAGGUAUGAGCAGAUGGAGUACACAAAGACAAAGAUGAUGUCUUUUGUAUUGUUGAUGCUCUUCUUCUCAAAGUUCCGUAGGACAUCGCUAAUGAGGUCCUUCAAAGGCAAAGCUGGGCUUUCAACAGCAUACUUUGCCGAACUCGCCAUGAGAGUUGACAAGAAUUGUUGCUCAUCAACUCACGUAAUGGAGAGGUUUUUAACUUUCUAAAUCUUUUAAUACCAUCUUCGAAACCGGAAGCACUGGCUCUUGCUAAGUGCUUUGAGUUUUUCUAAACUUUACCCGCUAGUCGGAAAGGUUUGGAGGAAUCUUUAAAUUUCGUCACCGAUAAAUACAAUUUAAAUCAUCAUCUUGGUU